GCGUCAAUAUGGCAGCUCGAUGAGACGCGACUCUUGUUGUUUUCUGCCCGUCGCCACGGUUUCCUGGGCACAGCCGCGCCCUCCCCCCCUCCCUCAUCCGAAGCCUUCCCCAUUUCCAUCCGAAGCCAUCGCAGAGCCGGGGCCGGCCGGCUGACGCACCCCACUCAUCCGGAUUCGUCCUAUCCAUCGACUUGGACGGCAGACCCGUCGCAGAGCUGUCCGAGCCCUGGGGGCCACGGCAUCCAAUCUCGUCACGCCCGCCAGAACGGGGCUCCAUGCCGUCCACAUUGCGCAUGCUGUCGAGAGCUGCCUUCACACGUCAACGGCGGACAACGCAGCCUCAGGGUCCUGGAUGGGCACCCGUCACUCUGCGGAGUGUAGCAGCUGCAGCCCAAGGCCUAAAAAAAGGAGCCUGAGGAGAAACAUGUGUCGGCCCGCCGUUGCUCAGCCAGAACCCAAACCCCCCUUUCGAGAUCCCCCCACAGCGGCCCAGCCAGACCAAGCACAGCGCUUGUUUCGCCUCGUUGUCCACGGGCAGAAGAUGGAGGGGAGGGGCGCGUCUACGUGUCGAUUUCCCGUCAGUUUGGCGUUGGCUGCUGCAAGGGGAAGGCUGCAAGGCCGGACGAAUCAGGGACGGGCGAGUGCCCCCCCCCCCAGCGCUGGCCAGCCACGCUGCUGCGCUUAUCGAUAGCGCUUGCAACCCCACACAGCCCGUCGAAGAGUCAAAACGGGUGGGGUUUCGAGCUGCAAGCUGCAGCUCCUCCUGUUGUCCUUGACCAACCCCCUGCCUUUUUUCCAGUCUUUUGUUCCUUUUUUCCCUCAGGGCCCCCUCGAACAAGGGGGUGUGCAGCACGAGGGGGAUCCUCUGCGACCAGUCAGCGAGGCCCCACGGCACGCGGCCCAGACGUCCUGCAGCAGACCUGCAUGCGCCCGCCUGAGGCGACCAGGACGGCAUGCAGCCGUCGGGCCAGUCAGAGGGCGCGGCGCCGUCGCUGUGGCCCCUUUGCGACGAUAGCUCCUCGAGCGACGGACGGUGUCACCCACCACCACCCCUGUGGCUCGACCGGGCUAGCAGGGCAUUGGCAGCAUAUGCAUGCGCAUCCAUCGACCUCUUUGUGAGUCACUCAUCCACCACCAGUCAAUCUCGACCGACGAGGCCCCGGAGCGACACGGGCAUGCGGGGAGGCGCAUCGGCAAGACACCAGAGCAGUGUCGCACGAGGCCGACUGGCGCCGCUAGCGGAGUGCGCAAGAGGUGGGUGCAGGGGAGACUCGACGAGGGGGAAAAGGAGAAGGCGCAAAAAAAAAAGUCAAUGGACGGGGUGCGACACUUGCUGGUCCCGGAUCACCAAAUACACACCGCUUGGUAUAACUGGCUGCCUCCUUCUGAUCCGUUUCGAGCAUCCAAUCCUCCCAGCCAAUUCCCUUGUCCUUGCUCCUCACUCGAACCAGAGACAUCCACCCAAGAUCCCACUCCCAUAUCCCGUCUCCAGUCGGGCACGAACCGAGGCGGUCCCUCUAUCAAAUCAGGACUUGAGAUUUGGCGCGCUGAUGGGAGUCAAAUAACCUCGUCAUCGGCCUUCUCACUCCCCUCCGACUCCCCUCUUCCCCCUUCCUCCUCUUUGACUUCAUCAUCGCCCGGUGCGCACCGACUGUCUGGCCCUUUUUUACCAGUGUAUUGUAUAUGUUUUGUUGCCAUUGGUUAAUCUUAUUCUAUCGAUCUCAUCCAUCUGAUACCCCUCGCGCUUGUUGAGACAUCCAUACAUCUAUCCAUACAUCUAUCCAUACAUCAUACCUGGGUACACACCCAUAACGCAACAGAAAUACACGGACAAGAAGCCGUGAUAUAGCAGACACGAUCAAGACCGUCUUUCCCCAGACUCACACGCGACCACACAUAUCAGGAGUGCACCGCUACGAUAUGUUGCAGUCAUGGCCGCUGGACCGAUCUCGUUCUACUGCCUCUGGCAGGAGGAGCGCAUCCGUGAGACCCUCUUCGAGCUCCUCGCCAAUGAGGACAUUUGCUCCGUCAGACUCGCCAACUCGGCGUGCUGCAACCUCGUUACCAAGCGCCUCUUCCUACGAACCAACCUGAACUUUGGCGCAAACACCUUCACCAAGGCCUCAAGGAUCCAGGCCCUGACCCGGAUCGGCCACCACAUCCAGCACCUCACCUUUAGCUUUGCUCACUCCGAGUCCACCUUCCUGCCGCCAUUGGUACACCCGGAAACGGGCCAGGAGAUCAGCUUUCUUUACACACCCUAUACCCACAUGGUGUCGUCCCUAACGCGGCCCAAGUACGCCAACUCGGAGCUGGGCGACAUCCUCACGCAGCAGUACCCCCCGCUGUUCCAUGCGGCAACCAAUGUGCCGUCCUUCAUCAAUGCCCUGCGUCACCUGCCCAAUAUGCGUCACUUGACCAUCCGCUGUCCCGGUCAGGACGCCAGGGAGCGCUACCGUCGCGACAUUGUCGACUAUGCCCUCAUCAGUCUGCGCAUCUCACUGGAGCGAGCGCCGCUGUUCAAGCUGAACAAGCUGACGCUGGCGAGCGUUCACCCGGCCGCCUUCAACUACCUGCGCCACGUGCCCGGCUUCGGCUGCACGCCGUCGGCCGGCCGCAGGUGGCGUCAGAUCCGCAAGCUCUAUAUCCAGGUCGACGCUUGGGACUUUUACGGGCCCUCGCCAGGACUGGAUCACCUCAAGAUCAUUGACGACUAUAUCCGUCACCUGGCUCCAACCUUGGAGAAGCUGUCCUUUACCUGGAUCGGCCGCAAGGGGCCUUGCCCUAUUGCUCUGCAUGCGGACCCGCUGUUCGCACCGGCGCGCACUACGAAGAAGCUCUUUAACGAGGUCACUUCACCAAUGAGCCCAUUGCCACCAGCUCCCACACGCGCACCCAUGGUGCUCCCGCGUCUGAAGCGCCUCAUGAUGCGAAACGCCACCAUGAGCGCUCCACAGGUGUCGAGCUUCAUUCGUAUGCACCAGGCCACGGUGCGCGAGUUUGACUUUGAGAAUGUCGUGCUGCUUCACGGUGGAAGCUGGGACGACGCUCUUAGCCCGCUCACCGACCAAAACAGUGACCGUGGCAGCGAUCUCUGGUCACGCCAUUCCAUCGGCAGCCCAGUUGCCGAAAAGCCCGCUCUAGCCAAGGCGCAGAGCUUCCGCGGCGCGCCGCCCUCACCGGCGCCCUCGGGUGAGAUUGCGUUGCCAUCCCCGUCAGCCGCUGCCGCAGCGGCGUCCAGGGAGCUGCUCGAUCUUGAUGUCGAGGGGCUAGAGAGCUUCCUCGGACUCUACGGCGACUUUGGUGGCUUGCCGACCCCGCGCUCGUCGCCAGGCCCUCCCCAGUUCAUGCUACCCGCGCCUACCACCAUAGCUGAGGAGGACGAGGAGUACCAAGAGGUCCAGGUCGGCGCCGAGGAAAGCGACGACGGACUGGGCUCGGAUAUUGCAGCGGCCAAAGAGGCCAGCUUGUCAAUCAGCACCAAGCUGCAGAAGAAACAAGUGCGUCGGCGCAGGAAGCACGCGACGACGCGCGAGGAUGACGAAACCGAGGUUGAAGACCAGCGGCGUCAUCACCGCCACCACAGGCACAAGGACGACGACAAGGCCCGCGAGCGGACUGGCGACAAGCAUGACAAGCACCGGGAACGGGAUAGCAGCCGCACGCGCGAUGCCAAUGGACAUUCGUCCCGGCGUCGGCACCGAUCCCGCUCAUCGCACAACAAGCGCGGUCACCAUGUCAGACACAGACAUGAGAAGCGCGAGGCCGAGGAUAAGAGGAAAAGGCCCGAGACGCCACCCCCGGCCAUGCCCGAGGUCGUGCUGGCCGAAGGCGACGACGUCUUUGCACCGUCGCCCCGCGGCAGCCCCGCAGCGGCCUCGUCGUCAUCGCCGCGACGCCUGGGCUCGCUGGGCUCGCCCAAGUUCAACAUCUCGGCGCCCAUCCUGUCCCGUGAUCCAAUGCCGCCUUUGCUGCUGCUUAGGCCGACCAUCUACGACCCAGCACAGCAUGGACAGGGACAGCAGGUACGAAGCCCAGUAGACACAACGCCGACCAGGCCGCAGGGCCGGAGGCGCGGGUCUGACGGCAGUCUGGACAAUAGCGUCAAUGAUGACGGGCUGUCGCCGGUGCAGCGCAACCUCGAGCAGGAGGAGGCGCACCGGCUGCUGGCCGAGGACGCGGUGGCGCGCACGUCGGCGCUGCAGAAGGCAAAGGCCGCCGUCAUGCAACGCCUCGCGCGCAAGUUGGGUAGUGGUCCCGGCCCUGCAGCUGGCCCUUAUCCCGGGGGCGCGGGCAUUGCCGUCGGUGGGCCUCUAUUCGGCGCGGUCCCGCCCGACCUGGCGCGCCCCGGACCCAACAGCCACAACGGGCCGAUGGGUAGUGCCGGCGGGCAUAGCCUCGCGGGCGCCCCGUCGGGCAUCAUGGGGUUCCGCCUGCGGGAGGGCCUCUUUGGUGCAAAGAGCACCGUGUCUGUCGCUCAGAGCCACCAGAGCAUCGACAGCAACACGGCCCUGGUGCCGCUGAUCUUCAGCCGAUAACUAACCCGGAUUUUAAGGGGGUUGAAUAACUACGUUUGACGAUUUUACGAGCUUUACUCUUCUAUUCUACGAUAUCUCGAUGCCACGAUCCUCAUUUGCGUCCACGAUCUUUUUAUGUUUUUUUCCCCUUUGUUUUCUUCUAGGAUGAUGCGAAGCAUUGCCGGCGCUCUUUGGUGUUCGGGACAGGUCGCGCGGAUGGACCCUAGGGCAACAAAAACGCGACGGAGGAUUAGUGCAUACCAUCCGUGUAUUCCGGGCUGCUAUGCCCGUGCUGUAUGAAUUAAUGACAAAUCCCACCAGAUCUCUUGAUGUUGCUCUGUAUUCCAUCGGAACAAACCUGGUCCCAGAAUUGAUUGUGCAAGUCUCCCCCUUGACGCUCCCCUUCCUCACCGUCCCGAACUCAGCCGCAGGACCACCCCCCAAAC